GCAACCUGUUCCAGUGCCCCACCACCCUCAUCAUAAAAAAUUCCUUUGUUAUGUACAAUAUAAAUCUACCGUCUUUCAGUUUAAAACCAAUGCCCCUUGUUCUGUCAUUCCAGGCCCUGGUAACAAGUCUCUCUCUGUCUUUUUAUAGGACCCUUUUAUAUAUUGAAAGGCCUCAGUAAGGUCUCCCCAGAACCUGCUCUUCUCCAGACUGAACAGCCCUAACUCUCUCAGCCUUUCUUCAGAGAAGAGGUGUUCCAUCGCCCUGAUCAUUCUUGUGGCCCUCUGGACCCUAUCUAACAGGUCCAUGUUUUUCUUGUGCUGGGGACGCGAGAGCUUGACACAGUGCUCCAGGUGGGGUCUCGCGAGACUGAAGUGGAGGGGAAGAAUCACCUCCCCCAGCUUGUUGGUUACCAUUCUUUUUAUGUAGCCCAGGAUAUGGUUGGCUUUCUGGGCUGCAAGCACACUUUGCCAGCUCAUGUCCAAUUUUUUGCCUACCAGUAUCCUUAAGUCUUUCUCUGCACGGCUGCUUUCAAUCCAUUCAUCCCCCAGUCUGUAUUGACACUGGGCAUUGCCCCAAACUAUGUGCAGAACCUUGUACUUGGCCUUGUUGAACUUCUUGAAGUUUGCAUGGGUCCACUCCUCAAACCUGUCUAGGUCCCUCGGGAUGGCAUCCCUUCUCUCAAGCAAAUCAGCUGCACCACUCAGCUUGGUGUCAUCCACAGACUCAUUGAGUGUGCACUCAAUCCCACUCUCUGUGUCAUUAAUGAAGAUAUGAAAUCAUAUUUGUCCCAGUACAGACCCUCGAGGGACACCACUAGUUACUGGUUUCCACUUGGACAUUGAGCCACUGACUACUGUAAGUCUUUGGGUGCACCCAUCCAGCUAAUACCUUAUCAUCUGACAGUUCAUCUGUCAAACUGAUAUCUCUCUAUUUUAGAGGCCAGAAUGUUGCGGGCGACCAUGCCAAAGGUCAUACAGAAAUCCAGGUAGUUGACAUCUGUUGCUCUUCCUUUAUCAACUGAUGAAGUCACUCCAUUGUAGAGGAGCACUUGUGACUCGGGCAUGAUUUGCCCUUGGUGAUGCCAUGUUGGCUGUCUUCAGUCACCUCCCUGUCUUCUAUAUGCUUCAGUGUAACUUCCAGGGGGAUCUGUUGCAUGACUUUACCUGGCUUGGAGAUGAGGCUGACUAGUAGGUAGUUCCCAGGAUGCUUUCUAUAACCCUUUUUAAAAAUAGGUGCAAUAUUCACCUUUCUGCAGUCACUGGGGACUCCUCCUCACUGCCAUGACUUUUUAAAUAUGAUGGAGAGUGGCUUGGCAACUACAACAACCAAUUCCCGCAGGACCCUAGGAUGCAUUUCUUUGGGUGCCAUGGACUUAUGUAUGCUCCGGUUCUUCAGGCGGUCUCAGACCUCACCCCUCAACCUGAUGAUGGAAGGGACUUUGUUCCCCCAGUCCCUGUCUUGAGAUUCAGGGACUUGAGAGACAUGAAAAGAGUGAUUGCCAGUGAACACUGAGGCAAAAAUCUGUUGAGUACCUCAGCCUUCUCCAUGUCAGUUGUCACUACUUCUCCUGUCUUAUUUAUCAGAGGCGGUACACUUUCUUUAAUCUUUCUUUUCUGACCUGGAGAAUCCCUUAGUAUUUUUCCCAUUCCCUGUCAAAUUCAACUCCAGAUCAGAUCCAGACUUCAGCUCCAAUUCUAGUCCAAACUUUUGAUAGCAGACAGGAGAUCUAGAACUCAACUCAGAUCUUGAGUAAAUGGAUUACAUGGGAAGUGUCAUGACUUUAUGAAAAGGCAACUUCUGCUUCUCAUUUAGUCUGUUUUCAGUGCUUAUUCAGAGAAGACAGAAAGCUAAGCAUUUCCUAUUUUGCAACUACUAUUUGUUAAGCAAAACAAUUUUCUCUUUCGCUCGCCCCUACAUGCUGCACAAAUACUUCAAAGCAAGUCAUGAAGUGGUCUUCUUGGGAUUAUUCUUUUCCCUAUGCUUGUAUUACUCCUGCCUGAGUUAAAUUCUCUUCCUCUAGAGCCCAAAACUCUCUUCAUUCAUUUGGCCAAUAUUUCUGCUGCAUCUGGUUGGGUAGGUAAUCUCCAACAUAAAGUUGUUUCAGGAACAAGAACUGGUUUUGACAGCCUCUUUUGCAUGAAUAGAAAGGGAGCAUUUUACACCACACUACUGGGUCAAGCAAGAUUUAUACCACAUCUACGGUAAAAAUUAAUGUUUCUAUAGGCAGUUCCUGGAAAUUCUGACAUUUGGGGACUCCUCUGAUACUCUGUGCAGUUAUAUCACCUGCAUCAGUAAUCACAGAUUUAGGUAGAUUCACGUCACCUUCAUUUCAACUACCUAAGCAUGGAAAUUAUAGUCCUCUAAGCUCUGACAGAAGCUACUGGAGAGGUACAGCUGCUGCCUGAAGGCAGUGUAUCCCAUGCAUCUUCUAUGUCACUGUCUGUGUCUUCCUUCACCACUGCAUCUGUAUGACUUGCCCAGAUGAGGUGCUAGAUUUUAGAAAGCGAAUGUUAGUGAAGAUGAACCUCGAGCCAGCUCCUUGCCCAGGCAGGCAUUUGUGGUGUAUCUCCCUUUGUCUUUCAAAGGAGUGUAAACCACAUUACAGCCAUCUGCUGAUUCUUAUGAAAGCACACAUGCUCUAUCUUGAGGCAUUUCGACUGAUUUAGUGGACUGUUUGGAGGACUAUGGGUAGAAGGAGGGGAGGAUCUGCUAUUCCUAACACUGCCAUGAGCUUUUCCAGAGGAAAACACUGAAUGCUUCACCUUGAACUGGUAAAGUUCAUUACCCAAAACUUCUGGAAAGAGAGUUGUCAAGCCUGGGAAGAUAUCAGUACCUACUUCACUGUUGUAGUGGUUCCACUGUUACAAAUCAAGCACAAGCUUAAGCCCUUUCUACAAGGAUUAGAAGCCACAGGAGUAGCACUGGGUAAACCAAUAGAAGAAAAACUAAAAAGUAAACCUUCUGCAUGACAUUUUUCAGGCAGAGAAUAUGAAGUGCAUGUUUGGAAAAAUAGAACCUCCCCUGCCCAGUGGGCCAAUCUUUUCUGUUACAACAGUGAACAUGAAUGGCACAUACUCAAGCAUAUGCAGAUAUAUUCCUCAAGGCAUGAAUGGGUCGGCCAUUGAAAACUUCUCCUGUGUGAUUUAUAACGUUUCCCUCAUGAACUGCACUUGGCAGGCAGGCAGGAAUGCUCCAGCAGAUACCCAGUAUUUUCUCUACUGGAAGAACUUGAGAGGUGACAACGAAGUGGAAUGUGAGCUUUACAUUAAAGACGAAAAUGGCAGAAACACGGGAUGUAGGUUCCAAAAUGUGAGGAUAGGGGAUGAAGAAGCCUACUUCCUGGUGAAUGGAUCUAGCAAUGGCUCUGUGAUCCAGUUCUAUGAUAAGUACAUUCAACUGUAUAAAAUUGAAAAGCUCAUGCCUCCAUCAAACAUCACUGUCAACUGUGAUGAAAUUAAAACUGAUUGCAUAAUUCAAUGGCAACGACCCCAAAUAAGUCAUUCUAACAAAGACAAGUGUUUUAAAUAUGACAUCUACAUAAAUUAUAAGGAUAAUGCUGAGGGGAAAGCCAAAUAUACUUCUACACAAGAAGGGGGGAAUAGUCACACAUUUCGAAGGUCCAAUACGAGAAAGAGGUACCUCUUGAAAAUGAGAACAGCUGGCAGCACCUGCCUCAUGAGCUCAGCCUGGGGGGAGUGGAGUGCACCUGUAGAGUUUGGAAAUGAAGAAAUUAUUUCUUCUUCAAUAUGGAUUUUACUCGUGGUAGCAGUUGCCACCCUCUUACUGGCAAUCGUUGCAAUUCUGUUCUGCAAAAGGACUGGCUGCUGGAAAGCAGCGUUUCUACAAAUCCCAGAGCCAAAAAAUGCAUUUUGUGGACUGCCUGACACAAACCCAGAGCUGACGGAGAGCAAAAUUCAGUCAACAACGUCUGAAAAUGAAGAGAUAACAUUAGUUGCUGACAUAGUGAAAUAACCGUGAAAAACUGAGGAUUCUGAAAGCGCAUUUCUUCGCUCAGGCAACUGUAUAUUCCUGCGGGAAGUCUGGAAUAAUAUACAGGCUUUCUUCACUUUCUUCCUUUUCUUGGCAAAAACAGUAGUGCAACCAAGAAAGAAUGAUAUCUCCCAUGUAAUGUUUUCAAAUGUAAUUGUAUUUGCUUUUAUUUUUGGCUGACUGUAACUGUUUGGGUAACUUGUCCUUAUUGGAUAUCUUCCAUUUUGUGAAUAUGAUUGAAAUAUUUCAGUCAAGAAAUUUUAGUUACAUUUUAAUUUGUUUAAGGAAAAAUAGUGGGUGUGUCUCAUUAAAAAGAGCAAGAAAAAAAAUCUAAAAAAAAUUCUAAAAAAUUUUCUGGUGCCUGAAUGCCAUUGUUCUAUGGUCAAGAAUGGGCCUCUGCAUACUUGAAGUUUCCUCAGAUCUGUUAAAGUACACAUGGGCAAGUAGAAAACUGAGAAUAGGAUUGAAAACAGGCUAACAUAUUGAGUGGUGGCCCGUACUCAACAGGAAUCUCAAAGGACAAGAGUAUGUCUAAAACCCCAACUAAUCCUAGACCUUAAGUGUGGUACUUUCAGGUUAAGAGAUCAGCCACCAUUAACUUGAUAUCAGCCCAGCAUUUACUCCUGUAGGUACCUAGCUCUUUAUGCUCUUAAUGCUCACUUGCCUUUUUACUACUUUUGUUCCUCUUCAACUUCUCAGUAUUUUAAAAUAUUGAGUGCGUGACUCAGUUAAUUUCUGUGUCCUUUUGUUCAAACAGAGACCUUUACUAGUCAGCUGGAAACUGGACAAUGAUUUUCCAAAGACAUAGGGUUAGGACAAGGUGUUGGGAAAACAGCCCAGGCUGUUGUUGAGUGCAGUGACAGGUUAUGAGUGAUGCCCCUCAAGGAUCAAUGCUGAGACUCGUAGUAUUUAGUACUAACAGUAACUUGGACAACGGGAUGAAAUGCGGCUUCAGAAAGACUGUGGAUGACAGCAAACUGAGGACGCUGACUGAUAUACUGGAGGGCAGGCCUGCUAUUCAGAGGGCUCCUGACAGGCUGAAGAAAGGAGCUGACAGGAACCUCCAGCAGCAAAUGCAAAGCCAAAUACAUGGGAAAAACUAUCUCUGUAUCCUAGAGAAUGACUGACUGACAGGUCUGCAGAAAAGGCUCUGAGGUGCUGGUGGACAACAAACUGAACACAAAUCAGAAGCGCUUCCUUACAGUAAUGAAAACUAUCCACAUACUGGGACUACUGUGAGGAUUGGACCCAGCAGAUCAAGGGCAGUUAUUAUUCCCUCUACUCAGCACUCAAGAGUCUGCACAGGCAGUUCCGUGUCCAGAUUUCAGCCUCCCAGUACAAGAAGGACAUUAACAAGCUGGGUAAGCUCAGCGGCGGAGCACCAAGAUGUAAGUAGUCAGUAGAGACCACGAGGGCAGCACCAAAGACAAAUAUCCUCACCUCCUGGGGUGCCUCCUGAUGACCUUGACAGAGAUCAGAAGCACAGCAACAAACUCUAUUUUACUGGUAUAAUUUGAUUUCUGGGCUCCUUUAUUUGGGAAAGAAGCAUAUUCCAGCAAGGAAGUCAGAAUCUGAGCAGGUAAUAGCAGAGCACAGACAAAACUUCCAUCUUUGGUUAAAGGCUAAUUCCAUACAAGGCUUAGCCUUGAUCUGUAGUUAUACCAAAAGAGUCUUGUCGUGCGAUUCCCCAGUUUGGAUGGUUGCUCAGUAAACCAUCUAGUUGUUCCCACCUGAGGGUGUAAAUCUGGAAGCUCACCGUGACUUCUAAGGUGGUCUUGAGACUCAAAGAUAAAAUGCUCAGCAAUUUCCCACCUGAACAAAAUUAGCCUUCUAGCACUUUCGUUCACAGGAAAAAGAAUUUUAUCCUCUGAGUAGCGCCAGUAAUGUUGAUAACUCACAUAUCUUGCUGCUUCUUUUGGUCUCUGAGAUUCAGAUUUUGGGGGUCUUACAAUUUUUUUCAUAAUUAAGUGAGGAAUCACUGGCAGAUCAGGUUUAUGCUUUGUCGUGAAAUUGCUUUUCACUUUGAGACUUAAAGGCUCAGAUUUCUAUACUGGACAUUUGAACAUAGCUAUAUGUUUAUAAUGAUAUUGGACGUUUGACUAUUACAAAAAAUACUCCCAGGACUACUUUCUUGCACUGAGGCCAGUUGCCAUGCAAGAGCCUAGAUACAUUUUAUUAAACCUUUAAAUAAGGUAGGCACAUGCAAGCUGCCUUCUGGGGUGCAUUAAAAGGAGUGUGGCCAGCAGGUAGAGGGAGGUUAUCCUCCCCCUCUAUCCUGCCCUAGUGAGACCACGCUUGGAGUGUCCAGUUUUGGGCUGCCCAGUUUAAGGACAGGGAACUGCUUGAGCAAGAGCUACCAAGAUGAUCAGGGGACUGAAGCAUCUCCCUUAUGAGGAAAGGCUGAAAGACUUGGGUUUGUUCAAUAUGGAGAAAAGACUGAGUGGGGGGGAUCUCAUCAAUACUUACAAAUAUCUAAAGGGAGGGUGUCAGGACGAUGGGACUGGACUCUUUUCAGUGGUGCCCAAUGACAGGACGAGGGGCAAUGGGCACAAGUUGGAACACAGGAUGUUUCACUGAAACGUGAGAAAAAACUCCUUCCCUGUGAGGGUGCCAGCGCAGUGGCACAGGCUGCCCAGGGAGGCUGUGGAGUCUCCUUCCCUGGAGACGUUCAAAACCCACCUGGACGUGUUCCUGUGGCCCCUGCUCAAGCAGGGGGUUGGACAAGGUGAUCUCCAGAGGUCCCUUCCAACCCCUGCUGUUCUGUGAUUCUGCGGUUCUGUUAUUCUGUGAUUCUGCCUUUAGAAAUUAACCCUGACCCGAGCUAACCGCUGGACUAUGUUCAGGAUUUGUUCAGGACAUUGCUUGCAAAUCCUAGCCAAACCAGUGCUGGGAACACUUGUUCCUGGACACAUUCCAGCACUGGAGAACCUUCCAGUUACCGGUGCGUUACCAGGGGUGAUCCCGCACACUGUCCAGCUUCUACUGGAGCUUGAUGCAAACAGUUCUAGGCACACCUGUUGCCUUUGACAAAGUUAAUGAUUGCUUUUUGGUCCAAGACUCAUAGUUUUAGCUGAGAUAGGGUUAAUUUUCUUCCUUGUGAUUGGUAGAGUGCUGUGUUUUAGAUUUAGGUUGAGAAUAAUGUUGAUAACACACUGAGGUUUUAGUUGUUGCUGAGCAGUGCUUACACUAGUCAAGGCCGUUUUUCAGCUUCCCGUGCUCUGUUGGGUGCACAAGAAGCUGGGAGGGGGCACAGCCGCGACAGCUGACCCAAACUGGCCAGAAGGAUACCAUUUGAUGUCAUGCUUAGCAUAUAAACUGGGGGCAGUUGGACAGGGUGCAGCGAUCACUGCUCGGGGACUGGCUGGGCAUCGGUUGGUGGGUGGUGAGCAGUUACAUCACUUGUUUCUCCUGGGUUCUGUUCCUCUCUCUUUUUUGUUGUUUUCCUUUUCACUACUGUUGUUGGUGGUGGUGUUAUUAUUAUAAUAUUUUAUUUCAAUUAUUAAACUGUUCUUAUCUCAA